GUUAGUUGUCAUCGGCGGCUGGAUUGUAGCUGGAAUUGUGCCGCUAAAAGCUCUUGUGUGACUGAUCGGGCGGAGUGGUGACUGCAGGCCGAACAAGAGUCGCUCUGACACCGCGGCUCAGCUCCGGUAUCGGCGGAUUGAUGCCCAGACGGCCAGCUGCGGAGGUCGCCUGUUUACUAAACGUGCUCUAGGCGCUAAAGUUUUUGUAUGAGUUGAAGGCUCUGCUUGUGGAUAACGGGAGGGAGAGCAGGGAAGGCCCCGGUGAAGCCUCGGCUUUGGAGUGGUUAUCAUGGCCGGAAAUUUUGACGCGGAGGACCGCGGCAGCUGGUACUGGGGUCGGCUGAGCAGGCAGGAGGCUGUGUCUCUGCUGCAGGGACAGCGGCACGGCGUGUUUCUGGUCCGGGACUCCAUCACCAGCCCCGGCGACUACGUGCUGUCGGUGUCAGAGAACUCCAAAGUCUCGCAUUACAUAAUUAACAGCAUCAGCAACAACCGACAAUCCGGUCCAGGUUUGGCUCAUCCGAGGUUCCGUAUCGGUGACCAGGAGUUUGAUGCGCUCCCUGCUUUAUUAGAGUUUUACAAAAUCCAUUACUUGGAUACAACCACCUUGAUAGAACCCAUCAACAAGUCCAAACAUCCAACCUUCCUGAGCAGUGGCCCUGGCGGAGGCCCCCCACCGCGCCUGGAAGACGAGUAUGUCCGAGCACUUUUCGAUUUCCCCGGCAACGAUGAAGAGGAUCUCCCGUUCAGGAAGGGCGAUAUACUCCGAGUUCUUGAGAAGCCAGAGGAGCAGUGGUGGAACGCCCAGAACUCUGAAGGCCGGACGGGGAUGAUCCCGGUGCCAUAUGUAGAGAAGUACCGACCGGCGUCCCCAAGUUCAGUGGCAGGGCCCGGCGGGCCUGGGGGUGCGCCGGGUGGGAUGGGGAUGCUUGGGAACUCUGACGGCUCUGCAGCCCAGUCUGGUGCUCCACUGCUGGGAGACCCCAGUCAGUACGCCCAGCCCACCCCCCUCCCAAAUCUUCAGAAUGGACCUGUGUAUGCCAGGGCCAUACAGAAGAGGGUGCCCAACGCCUACGACAAGACUGCCCUGGCCUUGGAGGUGGGCGACAUGGUGAAGGUGACCAAAAUAAACGUGAACGGCCAGUGGGAGGGCGAAUGUAAAGGCAAGCGUGGCCACUUUCCCUUCACACACGUCAAACUGCUGGACCAGCACAACGCCGAGGACGAACUCAGCUGAGAGCGGACAGCCGGGCCGCUACCUGGACACUAGUAUUAGACCCUUCCUCCCUCUUCCUCUCUCUCUUCCUUCCUUCCCAUUCAGCACACCCACUCGCUCGCCCCCCUCACGUUGUCUCCAGCUUUUACCUGCUCCAAGUACAGAACCACUGAGAACAAAACCGGCCCCCGUUGGACCCUUGUACUGCACACAUCCUCCAUUUCUGCCCGCCUAAAUAAUGGCGCCUGCCCUCCUGCUCCUCCACCUGCUCUCCCUGAGUUGGAUCAUAUUCUCUACUGUGGAACACGGAAGACAAACUGGAUCUCCGGCUCCAUGGAUAUGGCAACGCCCUUUAGUCCUCCCUCUGUCGUGUCGCUGCCACGGACACGUUAUCAACACUCACUCCUCAGGAGACUCCUCGCCUCAGAGUUCAACCACUUCCUCUUCCUGUGUCGGAGCCAGUAGAUAACUGCUCAGCACUGUGGCAUUUUUCAUCCUCAUCCGUCAUCACGGUUUCUACGCUGUAGCGUCACUCGUGCUGCAUUCAUGUCGAUUGGAAAUACAGUCAUAAGCUCAACAGUAACAACACAGUGUGUAUGUGUGUGAUCUUAGAGGAGGACAGUCUGGAUUGAGAUGCUUGUUUGCUGUCUUGCCGAGAGGGAAGUGAGAAGAUUGAUUCCCAACUCAUGUGCAAAAAAUCUAUGAAGGUGCAACCAGGAGAGGUUAGCUUAGCUUAGCAUGGCCUGAAAGCAGAGGGAAACGGCUAAAUGUUGAGUUGUUUUCUUUACACUUUGGAUUAAGCAAACUGGAUUUGACAUGUUAAUUAGUGAGCUUUAGGAGUUCUAGUGUUACCUUUGGACUGAGCCACUGGCUCCUGCUUCCAGUCGUGGUGCUAAGCUAACUGCAUGCUGGCUCUAGUUUCAUAUUGAGUGUACGAGCAGCAGAGUUCUCAUCUGAAUCUCAUCAAGAAAGCAAGUAACCAUAUUGACCAAAAUAUCCAACUAUUCAUUUAAUCCUGACCUUCUUUUACACUUGCAGUGCAUGCAUGUCGUAAGUGAUGAAUCUGAACACAGUACAUUUCAAUCUGCCAUGGCAGCAUUAUUUCUUCUACGUUUGCCUUCCAUCUGUCCAGACUUCUGUCGUUGUUGGAGUAGUCGGGGUCUUCACGAUGUUCAUUCUACCAGACAGGUAUGGAGGGGAUUUGUGUUUCUUUAUAUCGCAAAAUGAGCGUUUAAGUUGUGAAUAAUGUUCUCUGGCAGUGUUUAAGUAAAAGGUAUUUUGAAGUUUAGAGGUAUGCGUCCACCAGUGGUCUCAUUGGACAUGAAUGCAGCAUUUCUUUGGGUUAAACCAAGACUGUGAAGGACGGGAACAGCGAGGCUCCAGUACAGCAUUUUAGAGAGAAGAUAAAUCCUGCACCUCAAAAAGAAAUGAAAGAACUCGGUCAGCUGGAGGUGUACAGUUCUUCUCGAGGAGCAGACCGAGGACCAGUCCAGCAUUCACCCCACCCACCCUCCCACCAAGUAUCACAUGGAGAACAUAAAACUGAGUUAAGACCAGCAGCUAGGAGCGAUUUCAUGAAGUUAUAGCCAUACAGCAGGCACCUACAGCGAACCAGAGAAACUGCAGCACUGUUGAGGAGGUGGCGACAAAGCCAACACUACAUCCUCUCACCUCCCAACCUGGCUCACCUUAGCCCCCAUCCCCCCGUCACCUAUGACCAAGUACCACCAAGUAGUCUUUUGUAAGAAAAGAAGAACAUAUUGUUAUGAAAUGAUGUACUAUGUGAUUAUCAUUACAUGCUAAAUAUUGUUUUUGUUAUCUUUGUAGUUUUCUUCAUAGCUGGUUUUGUCGAGGGGGGAACACUUUUUACUGCUGCAUGUUGGGAGGGAGCGAUGGGUCUGUGGUGCAAAAUGGAGGAUCUGACUCGGGGUGGGGCACAUCUGUUUGCCCCCAGCCCUCACAAGGCCACAUGUGUUCUCUCUCUGCGUCUGAUGUACAUGAUUGAAGUUGAACAGAGUGAAUGUAGGCUGUCCACCAUGUUAGCUAGUACUGUCUCCUCAUGUUAGUGCUCCAUUCAGCUCACUGAGUGUAACUUAGCAACUCACUGCUCUGUGUUCAGAUCUUGUCAAAUGUGUCCAAGAAAAGACUAAGUGGUAUUAUUUGGUACCUGCCCUUUGUUUUUAGCCUUUUAAUAAUCUUGUUGCCACCUUGCACCGGUUAGUUCUUUCCUUUGUGCUUCCUCAGUUAAUCCUCUACCACUCUUUUAUUUAAAGCCUCAUCCAGUUAAAGUGCACAAGCCAAAAUGGACUUUUCCUUUUACUGUUUUAUCUCUUCCCUGUGCCAUUUCUUCAUUGCCAAGAAGUUAAGUUGUAGUCCAAAUGGCCUUUUUCCCCUUCAAAAGGUUGUUUUCUGUUGAGAUUGAAUCAAUCUACUUGUUGACUCCUGACAAUCAUCACCCUGGUGUAUCAUAAUGCACACUGGCUGGGAGUGUAGCGUGGACCUCUGCCAGAGUGAACCUUGUCUACUUACAUUUGACCUAUGAGAACUCUGUGUCUCUUCCAAGUGAAGGGUUCCUCUCAGAUGUCCUGGUACAGUAUUUCUGGCCAGCACCUCACGUCACCUUUAGGUGGCACUGUUACAAUAGAAAGAUGAGGUCCUCGCUGAAAGCGUUCUCUGCCAGUGCUUAUGAGAUUAAAGGAGAUGAAAUUUGAUUUUUAACAGAAUGCACUUACUGCUUCCACACUGCAUUGAUAUGUGCUCUCCUUUUUAGGGUUGUAAUUAUCCUUAAUUGCUCCCACACAUUAGUCUCUCUGACCUUUAUAGCUUUGCCUGACAAGCUCUGUCCUGCUUUCACAUUUAAUUUUCAAGUUGGCCGUAUCCCAAACCCAUGUUAUAUAUAAGAUCUACUGUUUAAAAAUAUUUGGCUGACGUCUUGGAAAAAUCUGGUCUAGGAAAGUAACAUUUGCAUUUACUGCCAGCUUUUGACACAGUCCAUUUUUCUCUGUGUAGUUGUGAUCAAAUCAUUCUUCUUUGUCACUCACACUGCACAUGGCAGGUGCUUGGCUACAUAAAUCAUUAUCUUAUAAAUUGGGUUGCUGAUGAAACCACCAAGAAGUAUUUUUUUAGUAACCCUGCAUGAAGUCAUUCGUUUCCUUUCAUGCAAAGGAAGGGGUGGCAGAAUGCCAGUGGAAAUUGUGUUAAUAUCAAAAUGUGCCAUUUUAUUAUAACACUAUAUUCUUUCAAGACAAUUGAAAUUACCUUUUUAUUUUCUGUAGCAUGUAAUGUGUUAAUAUACUAGUAAAUAAAGUCAAACCCAUGACAAAUGA